AUGUCUUUACCGUCUGCUACCCCACAAAGUGUACGAAGUGUAAAUAGUCAACAGCAAGACACUCAGUCGAGCAAUCAAGAUAUAAAACAGUCAGCAGUGGCAACUGUAGCAUCACCAUUUACUCCAACAACAUCAAGCACAACAACGACACUAAUGGGACCACCAUCCGUAGCAGGGAGUGCUCGACAACCCUACACGACUUACAAUCCACAAACACCAUACAUAGCCUUAACACCGGUGACACCUCGCACAUCAGAAGUUUCACAUUUACAACCAAGUUUACAAAACAUAGUGUCCACAGUCAAUCUUGGGUGUAAAUUGGAUUUGAAACGUAUUGCUUUACAGGCAAGAAAUGCUGAAUACAAUCCAAAACGUUUUGCUGCUGUCAUAAUGCGCAUUAGAAAUCCUCGUACAACAGCAUUGAUAUUUGGUUCGGGAAAAAUGGUGUGCACGGGAGCAAAAAGUGAAGAAGAUUCGUUGCAAGCAGCACGACGAUACGCACGCGUUAUUCAGAAACUGGGUUUUCCAGCGAAGUUUCGUGACUUCAAAAUUCAAAAUAUGGUUGGAUCAGUUGAUGUCAAAUUUCCUAUUCGAUUAGAAGCAUUAGUUCUUAGACAUCAUCAGUUUUGCAGUUACGAACCAGAGUUGUUUCCUGGUCUUAUUUAUCGUAUGAUUCAACCGAAAAUUGUUUUGCUUAUUUUUGUUUCUGGAAAAGUUGUUUUAACCGGUGCUAAAGUUCGACGAGAAAUUCACGAUGCAUUUGAACGUAUUUAUCCUAUUUUGAAAGGGUUCAGGAAAUAA